GGGAAAAAGAAGUUUCAGCUUUGCAACUACCAAAAAAAGAAAGAAACAACGAAAAAAAAACCAUGUACCACCGUGGACACGAUCAACAACGCAAGAUGUCACGCCAAGCAUCUCGACAACUCAGCCAGUCGGCCAUUCCCCCCAUGUCACCUCUGGAGCAGGUAGUCGACCAGCAACAACAACAACAACAACAACAAUCACAACAGUCCUCAUCAAGUCCAUCAUCCCCCACCUCCAUCCCGACCUCAUCGUUCCCAUGCCCAUCAGCAACAGCGCUCGGCCAACGGCGCGCGGCCCGCAACCCGGCCCUGGCACAGAAGCUCGCGCAGAUGGCGCUCCCGCUGGCGCCGCUGGUGCAGCUGACGACUGGGCAAAUCCACCCGGCGUUCCCCGCGACGCUGCUCAGCUUCUGGCUGCUGACGGACGACGAGCUCGAGUCGCUGGCCUCGUUUUACCACCAGCGCACCCCGUCCAACCUCUCGCGCUUCUACCCUUGUCCCGUCUCGUGGUCGUCGGACCUGCCGCUCGAGGAGAAGCGCAGGAAGCUCGGCAAGUUCAUCGGUCUGCGCGGCUGCGAGACUCCCACCCACCACGUCGUCCUCGCCAGGUCUGCCGAGGAUCUCAUGGACGAGGCUAGGCGGAACGCCGGGGCCGAGGAUGACGGCGAUGAGGCACUCAGGAGAAAGUUUGGGUUCUACAGGUGA